AUGGACGUCACACAAGCGUACUCUUUGGACUCAAUUCACUUGCAGGUGAAGCGUACCUGUGGCGAAAAACUGGGCGCAGCUGGGGACACACAUGAAAUGAAUUGUGAUCUUCAUGAAGUUGAGUUCUCAGUGAAAGGUGAAGCAGGUGGACAACAAGCAAAACAUUGUGCUGGUACUUUCGAGAUACUGGACGAAUAUCCAGAGAGAAAUGAACUCGUCGACGGCCUGCCUAGUAGAAAGUUCUAUUCCGCGGUGUUCAAAGAGCACAAGGUGCUCUCAGAGAAUGUUCCUGACAGCAUUCAUGUCCACGCCUUUGCGGAUAGGUUGAAUAUCCUGCAUGUUCUUAUAAUUGGACCAAGAGGAACACCUUUCGACACCACUCCCUUCUUCUUCAAAUUCAAACUGCCUGCCGACUACCCGCAAAAACCGCCCGAGGUCACGUACGUAGCUUACUCCCAAGAACAACUCAAUCCAAACCUUUAUCAGAAUGGAAAAGUGUGCACUAGCCUUCUUGGCACAUGGUCAGGCCAGGGUGUUGAAACAUGGAACCCUGCAAAGUCAAACAUUUUCCAAGUACUGCUUUCAAUACAAGCCUUGAUCUUGGUACCUGAACCAUAUUUCAAUGAAGCUGGAUAUGAGUCGCGAAAGCAACAGUCGGAAAUGUCUGACCGAUCUCGUCGCUAUAAUGAGACCGCUACUAUCAAUUCUCUUGAAUAUCUACUUAAGGUUUAUCUGGAACCGCCGGGCGACUUCAAAGAGUUGAUCAAAUCUUUUGUAGAGAAGUCAUGGAUAGAGUAA